UAGAGGGAGCAAACGAAACAUCCACCACCAGUUGGGCCUCAGCCCUCAGGUUAAUUACAAGGUUUAAAGCUACCCAGGGGCUGCGGGACAGCUUUGACAAACGCGGCUCUGUGGUGCAGAACAUUAGUUCAGUCUAACCGUCGUUUCCGCUUGGACGCAUUUCACUGCAGCACACAACUUUUCUUGUGGAGGAGCUGUCAAUAAAACCGCGUCUUGGAUGAACUGCAAUCGGUAGCUCCUCGAUGUCGUCUUCAGUGAUGGAUUCUCCAGUGGACUCGAGCAUGGACUUCAGCUCCUCCAGGUCUAUGUAGCCAUCUCCAUUCCUCAACAGAACAUAAACAGCACAUUUCAUUAACACAUUAACAGCAACGUGCGGUAUUCGUAUUUAUUUGUUUGUAAGACAAAGACAAAUUGAAACGUACUUGUCAAACAUGCGGAAAAGUUCAGCCAACUCCUCUUCUGAUUUUCCUUUGCUCUCCUCCUUCAUGCAGCGGACCAUCAUCACCAAGAACUCGUCAAAGUCCACUGUGCCGCUGCCUGUGAUAGACAUACAUCGAUAUCGUAUACUUCAGGAGCCACUAAACCUUCCUGUGAUCCGAAAAAAACGUUCUUCAGGUGUGGGAUUUUGCCCCAGCAUCCUCAUCACCUUCCCCAACUCCUUGGUGCUGAUGCAGCCAUCCUCUGCAUCUUGGAUGAAGAUGUCAAAGGCAGCUUUGAACUCUGAAAGGAGGGAGUGAUAACUUAUAAGGUGGCGCAGAAGACAUCAGGAGUUGCCGUUUUUGACAUCUUCCUUGUACUAUUUGGUCCCUGAGAUGACAUCACAGCAGCCUCAACUCCACGGCGGGGCUCUUCAUCACCAGGUUGCCCACAAUGACUCAGUACAGCAAGCCCAGCCUCAUAUUCAGGCUCAUCCACUUGACUCAAACCAGAGCAGUGCCACGGCUGGCCGUAUGGACAACAGAGCUCUUCCGCGCCGGCCAGGAUGCUCCAGUUUGGCGACAGCUAGCGGAGUUUCCGCCUAUUUUGUGAACUCCAGCGUAACCAGAGGAUCAAGGAGUUUUGAGCCUUGGCCUGAGGAGGCGGUGGACAGGUCACAUGGUUUGAACUCUCUCCACCGCAUGUUUGACAUAGUUGGAGCCCAGCUCACGCAUCGAGACGUUAGAGUACUGUCUUUUUUGUUUGUCGAUGUGAUUGAUGAGUAUGAGCGUGGCGGCAUCAGGAGUGGAAAGGAUUUCUUGUUGGCCCUGGAGCGCCAGGGUCGCUGUGACGAGACCAACUUUCAGCACGUGCUCCAGCUUCUGAGGAUUAUCACUCGCCAUGACCUGUUGCCUUAUGUCACACUUAAGAAACGCCAGGCCGUGUGCCCAGAUCCUGUUGACAAGUACCUGGAAGAGACAUCAGUGCGCUACAUUUCACCUAGAGGAGCCAUGAAGAGCAGGGAUAGCGCGCCUCACAGAAUGGCAGGACCCUAUGUUGGCCCAUCCCGGGUGAAAGCAGCUCCUCCUGCACCCAACGGCGUGUGGAAGAGAAGCCAUUCCUCAGCCGACUUCAGAGAGAAGCAAACUUGUGAUAUCCGCCUGCGUGUUCGUGCUGAAUACUGCCAGCACGACUCCGCCCUUCAGGGCAACAUCUUUUCCAACAAGCAAGAGGCGGUGGAGCGACAGUUUGAGCGCUUCAACCAGGCCAACACCAUCCUCAAAUCCCGAGAUUUGGGCUCCAUCAUCUGCGACAUCAAGUUCUCUGAGCUCACCUACCUGGAUGCUUUCUGGAGGGACUACAUCAAUGGAUCGUUGUUAGAGGCCCUGAAGGGAGUUUUCAUCACAGAUUCUCUUAAGCAGGCUGUAGGCCACGAGGCGAUAAAACUGUUGGUCAACGUGGAUGAGGAGGAUUACCAGGCAGGCCGACGCAGACUUCUUUGUAAUUUAGUGACAAGCGGAGAUCCUCCCGGAGAUAGUAAAAUCUGUGUGUCUUAGACAUUAUCCCAAAGCGGAAGGAAUGAAACUGUGCCUCCCCACGGGGAAUAGAUUGAGAUGAGGACGUUGCACAUGAGAUGCUUGUCUGAAAUGUGUGUAUGUGUCUGGAAGUGAAGAAAAUGUCCAGCGAUCCCAUUGAUUCCUUUAGAGCAAUGGUCGGAGGAUAGCUGGCACCCCAACGUAUAGCAUGCAAGGUGACGGGGGACAGCGCCAGCGAGAAGAAGUACAGUAGGUGAUGCAAACACUUUAACAUUCAGUUUAAUAGCAACGGGUUCUUGAAAGAAGGAAAUGCAUUUUUGGUUUUAUUUCCGUGCAGAAAAAAAGGCUCAAUGCUGUCAAGUUACUCCAAGUGGGGGAUGUACCAACUUUUUUUUUUUUUUUUUUUUGCAGAUAAUUUAUUUUUUCAGCUCAUAUUGGUUGUAUUAACCCAUUAAGAGCGCGUUCCGUAUGUUCUGUAAAGCACCUGCUUUAGUAGCCCCGCCACAGUUGUUUUUCUGUGUGUGUCAUUCACCUCAUCUGUUUAUGACCAUUUUGUACUGGAUCAUACUUGGCCACUGAGCUGUCAAUGUCCUUUUAGAUCUUUUAUCCUACAAAGCAGUCAUUCAUGACCAGUGUUUUUAAAUGCAAAGAACCUCAUCGAGUAAGAGCAAGGAUAAGGCCCUUGUUAUUAAUAAUGCUCAUAAUGCAAUACAAACAAUUGUCAAGGAUUAAUUUAUCUAAUUUUCCAUCUAAAAUCAUUUGACCAGUGCGUUAGUCUGCCGAUGUAUUUAGUUGGGCAGUGUUCUCUUAACCUUUUAUGUUUUUGCAGUUUAAUAAAUACAUGUGAUUUGAUAUUAUUUGUCAUGAGAGUCAAAGAGAUUCUCCCACACAAAGGUUCAUUCAAAUGGAACUGAAACUCAAAAAGCAUCAGAAAAUUGUAGAGUAGUGGAAGUGAACAAGGUUUCAUUAAAGUCACCGGAUUUUGACAAAAGCAUGUGCAGUCAUUGGGAAAACUACACAUCCUCUCUCAACGUAUCUCAUACAUUUUGUGAGGUUUUAUCUCACAAAGACAAGACGGAUGUACAUAUUAGAAAAAGAAAAUAUGUUGUUCCUCAGCGUUGCUUCUUCAAAAGUUGGUGCAUCCAGUCUCUGAUGAACAGCACAUUCUAAUUUACACCAGUACAGUUCUGGUCGGAUUUCCGUAAAGAGGAACAUACUUGUAGUUCCGCUUAGUUGCUGGGACAUUUACGUAAAGACUUUGGCUUCUCAAAACAAUAUACGUUCAAAAAAGUAAUACAUUUGCAUCAUAAAAAUGCCUAAUCGAAAAAAAUCAGACCUUACAAAGCGCUCUGCGUUAUAUUUGUCUCCCGCCGUAUCCCUGCGCACUGUCGCCUCCAUUCUUGUGCAUGUGGCUUAGAUGCAUCUUAUUUCGCUGUGGAACCCACUCGUAAACAAGAUGGCCGCGGCGCUCGCGUCUUCGUCACAAAAACAAUAAGAGGCGACAGUACAGGAAUACGGCGGGAGACAAGUGUAACGCUGAGCGUCUUGUGAGGUCUGAUUUUUCUGUUGCAGCACACUGCUGAUGGGGAUGUCAUACCACUUCAUGUCAAAAAAAUCCGAACUAUCCCACUAGAAGUUCCCCUGCACUUGUCAGGCUACGACCAAUGAUGAUUGGAGUUCUCAUCGGUCAUCAAUUGUCUUGUUUAUGUGUAUGACUAAGUCUGCACAGGAAAGCUUUGGAAUGCUGAUGGGGCCGAAGAUUGACGUACGCAACACUGAUAUAUUCAGCAGGUUGGUGGAGGAGCAUUUUCUCAUAGCUUCUGCAGCGCUUCAAGACAGCAGACUUCCACCAGUGCUGCAGUGCGCCAAAGAAAAGGAAAGCCAUCACCAUGGAAGUGGAAAUGAACAUCAUAAAGAAGCUCUGGGAGAGGAAACACUCCAACCACUAUUGGCCACUCUUUUAGUCCCAACUGGAUUAAGGAUAAAGAUUAUUGAAUGCUAAAGAGGUACGCCUGCCACCAUAAUCAAUACAAUUAACCGAAAGAUAAAUUAAAGCAAACUUGAUUUGCGACAUUUUGCCGGCCUCGAUAUAUUGACGCACAUGCUGGUUGACGAGCUUUCACUAUGUAAACCUGUCUCAACACCUGAGCAUGUUGGUUCUGGAGCAGAAUGAAUGGAGCGAGCGAACCCUCCUGUCAGUCAUUCAGUCUCUUUGUCCUAGUGGGUGGAAGUGGCGCUACACGCUCGCGAAUGCACUACUUGCUAGCUGUGUGUGUCGUGUGCUACACGAUCGAACACUGUCUUCGUGCCUGUUGUGUAUAAAACACGAUCUGAUGUCAA